GAAAAUAACAAAAUCUUUCUCACUUUUCUUCUCACUUUCCUUCUCGCUUUUCUCCUCCACUCUCUCUCUUUCUCUCUCUUUUAGGUAGACUAUGAGCGGCCUAUCAUUGGGUGCAUGUGACGGCAGAGACUUUUGCCGCUCCUCUAUUCGCGACUCUACGAUUGGCAUUAACUUUGAUGCACUAGGUGAGGUUGAACAUUAUGAACAUGUUUCUGGUGACCUUUUUGACCUCUUGAAAUCCGGUGAGCACACAGACGUUACGUUUGUAGUGGGCGGGGUCAGGUUCCCAGUUCAUCGCGUUAUACUGGCCUCAAGGUGUACUUUCUUUUCCGUUUUAUUGUUUGGAGAUAUGAGAGAGGCCCAGCCUGGUAACAACGAGAUAACGUUACAAGAUGCAACCCCGGAGUCUUUCAGGGCACUGUUAGAGUACAUAUACUCUGGGAAGGUCUGUCUGGGGGAUUUACCUGAACAGGUCAUAUUAGAUCUCCUUGGCCUAUCAAACAAGUAUGAUUUCAGUCACCUCCAGUCCUCCAUAUUGGCCUAUCUCAAAGCCACACUCAGUGUCCACAAUGCCUGCAUUAUUUACAAUGUAGCCAACUUCUAUCAGCUCUCUGACCUCUGUUUGGCCUGUGCUUCCUAUAUUGACAUCAAUGCUCAGGCAGUCAUGAGAAGUGAAGCAUUCCUUUCCAUCUCUCAUCAGUCGCUGGUGGAACUCGUGUCUAGGACCUCUUUCUACUGCCCUGAACUAGAGGUAUAUUUUGGAAUAAGGAGGUGGCUGGAUAAUAAUGAGGUCUCCAAAGAUGAAGAGAAGAAUAUACUGAAAAUAGUCAGACUGGAACUGAUACCGAUGAGCAGUUUGCUGGGUGAAGUGAGAGAGAGUUCCCUCUUUGAAGCUAAUGAUAUCCUUGACGCCAUUGCUAUGAUUAACAAGAAAAAUAUGAUUGAGCUUAACCAGAGGGGCUUACUCCUACCAGAGGAGAAUGUUGCGACAGUGCAACAUGAUGCCACAGUCUCAGACAACCAGACAAUCUUGCUCAGCGGCGACACUGAGAGCUACACUGGAGACCAUGGGUACGCCAUUCACACUAUAACCCGUAACGGACCGUCAAAAGGAAUAAUAGUGGGACUUAACCAGCCAUACAUCAUCAACUGUAUUAAGAUGCUUUUAUGGGAUAGAGACAACAGAUCCUACUCUUACUAUAUAGAGAUAUCACUGGAUGGCAGUCAAUGGUUGACUAUUAUUGAUAGGAGGGACCAUCUCUGUCGUUCGUGGCAGGAACUGUUCUUUGAAGAUAAAGUCGUCAAGUAUAUUCGUAUCAUUGGUACAUUCAAUUCGAUGAACAGGAGUUUUCAUUUGGUUUCUUUUAGCUGCCUACACACAAGCAGACGGUUCUCUCUAUCUAAAGACGGACUCAUCAUACCAGAUGAAAACGUAGCCAGUAUAUCAACGAGUGCUACAGUCCUUGAAGGAGUGAGCAGGAGUAGAAAUGCUUUGCUCAAUGGAAACACUAGAGACUAUGACUGGGACUCUGGCUACACUUGUCAUCAGUUGGGAUCAGGCUACAUCAUAAUCCAACUGGCACAACCUUACGUCAUAUCCACAAUGAGGUUGUUGCUCUGGGAUUGUGAUGACAGGUCGUACAGCUAUUACAUUGAAGUAUCGACUGAUCAGAAGAGCUGGACUAAAGUCAUUGAUAGAAGUCAGGAGAGCUGCAGGUCCUGGCAGCACAUACAGUUUGACCCACUUCCUGUUACCUUUGUUAAAAUCGUAGGAACACACAAUACAGCCAAUGAGGUGUUUCAUUGUGUUCAUUUUGAAUGUCCGGCGGCUCCUCUCAGCUCAUCUCCAAACAAUCAUUUUAAUUGAUAAAUAAAUAAUUGUAUUAAUGACAUUAAUUGUGUAUAUAUAACUAUGUCACUUGUCUCUUUUUAAUCCGUCUCACUCCUUUCCCUCACACACACUCUUAUGAUGUUGAUUUGAUUAAAUUUUAAAAGGAUUGUUGUAUCUCUUUGUGUUAGAAUC